AAAAAGAUAACCUCUUUAUAUUCACAAACUUUACACAUGUUAGUGUUUACGGUGUACAAAGUUAUUUAAUAAAUUGUGUAAACGGCGAAGUAAAAGAGCACAAUGAAGCCCAAGGCUGUGAAGCCUGAAUCUAUGAAACCAAAACUGAAGGAAAACUCAAUGGGACAGAAACCGAAAGAAAAGAAGAAGAGAUACUUUGAAAUAGAUGCUAACAAUGCAAAUGAUGCUAGUGAAAAAGCUGGAAUUCAAAAGGAAGAAGUGUAUAAUGUAAAAUUCAACAAGCGAUUGAUGUUCCAACUAAAGCAUAAACAGAAAAAACAAGAAGAAUAUGCCAAUGCCCAGAGCAACAAGCCAGUUCCAAAUAAGCGUGUUAAAAAUAGAAAAAAAAAUUAUCCUGGUAAAGCUCCAGUGAACCCCCACAAGUUGGAGCAGCACUCCCGUGGCGAGGGGGUGGGGAAGGGGGUACGGCAUCCGCUGCAUGCUCAUAAACUGAAGAAGAAGGAGAAGAUAUAUAAUUAUGCUCAACACCAGGCGGCCAGGGCAGAAAUAUUGUUAACUGAGGAGCAAGGCUACGUUGAAGUUGAGGAUGAUGGCAAAACUACAGAAAUAACACAAGACCUGAUCAGAGACAGUGUGGACAUCACAGCAGCGACCAAGAUAUUCGACCUAAACAUGGACUUUGGCCCGUACAGAAUGAAAUACACCCGCAACGGGAGACAUCUGCUGUUGGGAGGGAAGAAGGGACAUUUGGCAGCUUUCGACUGGGUCACCAAGAAACUGCAUUGUGAGAUCAAUGUUAUGGAAUCCAUACAUGAUGUGAGUUGGUUGCACGUAGAAACAAUGAUGGCUGUAGCCCAGAAGGAGUGGUUAUAUAUUUAUGACAACAACGGCAUUGAAAUACACUGUGUUAAAAGAAUGGACAAGAUAUUGAGGAUGGAGUUUUUGCCGUACCACUUCCUCUUGGCUGGUGUUAAUGAAUUCGGCUUCAUGUCGUGGCUGGACGUUUCCAUAGGAGAGAUCGUCGGCCACUACAAUAACCACCUAGGACGAACCUCGGUCAUGACCCAGAACCCCUACAAUGGCACUCUAUGCAUAGGCAACUCGCAGGGAGUCGUGUCGCUUUGGUCGCCGACAGUGAAGGAUCCUUUGGCGAAGAUACUGUGCCAUAAGUCACCGUUGACGGCGAUAGCUGUGGAUAACAGAGGGAUGUACAUGGCCACAUCAGGCGUAGACCGUAGCCUGAAGAUAUACGACAUCCGAAACCUGGACGGGCCCGUGCAAUAUUACAAGCUCAGAAGCGCCCCCGCGGACCUGACAUUCUCGCAAAAAGACAUGCUGGCGGUGGGCUUGGAUGACGUAGUUGAGGUAUACAACAACUGCUGCUCACAGACGACAGUGAAACCGUACAUGAGACACAGGAUGGGGAAGAACAUUUGCAAUUUCAAGUUCUGCCCGUAUGAGGAUGUACUGGGAAUAGGCACGACUAAAGGGUUCACAAGCAUCAUUAUACCUGGCAGCGGAGAGCCGAACUUCGACGCCCUAGAAAGCAAUCCGUUCCAGACCAAGAAACAGCGCAAGGAGGCCGAAGUGAAGGCCCUCCUCGAGAAGAUACCGCCCGAGCUCAUCACGCUCAAUCCCUUCGAGGUGGCCGAGGUCGACGUACCCACCAUGAAGGAGCAGAUGGAGGCCAAGAAGAAACUACUGUAUGUAAGACCUAAAAAGGUAGACUUAACUCCUCGACGCAAGAACAAAGGUAAAACGAAUAUUGCAAGAAAGAAGAUCAUCAAGGAAGCGUCAAGAAAAAAAUAUAUCGAGGAAGCUAUAGAAGUACAAAAGGCCUUGGAAACACCAGUGCAGCCAACGAAACCGAAAAUAUCGUACGGUGUCCUUGAUAGAUUUGUAUCCAAUCCUAAAAAACCUAAGAAUAAGAAAUAAAACACAAUGUAAGCUUGA